CCUCCACACCCCUCUCCGCUCACUCCGAUCGCUCUCGCCAUGGACGGCGGCGGCGGCUACAGCCCGCGCUUCCAGCGGCAGGCGUCCUGCUCCUGCGCGCCAUCCAUCUCCAUGUCCCGCCGAUACGUGCGCGGCGGCUUCGACCUCGCGGGCGACGGCGACGACGACGACGAGUACGACUACGACUACCUCGGCGGCGCCGGCGCGUUCGACAAGUCCGACCGGUACGGCGCCGGCGCCGGCGCCUCGGACGCGUCCCGCGGCGCGAGGGCGCCGCCGGCGUCGGCGUCGGCGGGGCGCGGGUGCGGGACGAGGCUGAGGGGCCUGUGGCGGCGGAUCAUGCGGGAGAACAAGAAGCGGAUCCUGCUCUGCGCCACCGGCUGCGUUCCGGCGUCGGCCGCGGCGGCGGCGGCGGCGCGGGUGCCGUACGACGCCUACAGCUACGCGCAGAACUUCGACGACGGCGCGGCGUGGGUAGAGCCGGAGAACCUCUCGCGCUCCUUCUCCGCGCGCUUCGCCGUCCCGUCGAGGGUGCUGCAGCGGGUCGCCGUGUAGACGACGACGGCGACCAUCCAAGAGAAAACCGGUGGCUUUCUCUUCUUCAUUUUUUUUCCUCAAUUUCUCUCUCUUUUUUUGUUUCUCCCUUUCUCCUCCCAAUUUUGGAGUCAAAAACUGUGAAAAGAGAAAUUGUCCUCAUCUGUAAAUGUCAACUCUUCAUGCGUGAUCAGUAAUUGCAGCAAAAUUUAUGAACGCCUGCCAAAUUUAUCUCACAUACCAGCUAUCAAAGCAUCUGUGUAGAUAUGAUCAGAAGCAAUCUUCAAUAAAAUUUGCCUGCAGCGGAUAGCAUUUCUUACACAUUGUCUAAAAAAGAUUCCUUUUUUUUUUGUAAAACAUGAUGAUUAGUUUGCUAAUAUCAUCUGAUUACUU